UUUUAUGUAUGUUACAGGUGCUUUGAAACUAAAGUGGGUAGGUUCUGUGCAUGUUAAAUGCUAUUUAGUUUUCAUCACGCUGUAAAGCAAGAAGUUCUCCUGCUUUGGUACGUGGAUGUAAAGUUUGAGCUUUAUCUAUUUCAUUGCAUCUUUCAUUUGUAAGCAUCCUUCAUCAGGACUACAACAAGAUGGCUCAGAAUCGCAGACUCUCCAGUGCCAGUCAUGACAGCAGUGCAUCAGAUCACAGCAGUGAUACUAGUGUGAUCAGAGUGUUAGAUAAACAUGGAUACACCAUGCAGAAAGAACUUGGACGAGGGGUUUCAGGAAUAGUGUUUCUGGUCACAGACACGGAUGGAGAUCACUAUGCAGUCAAACAGAUGAAUUCCAGAGAUAGGAAGGAGCUGGACAAAGUCCAACAGGAAGUCAAGAUCUUGAAGAGAAUGAACUGCGGAUAUAUUGUUUCUUAUGUGGAAUCAUUUGAAGAUGUUGAAGCCAAACUCUUUUAUAUUGUGAUGGAGUAUUGUGCAGGAGGAGAUCUUUACAAUACGAUGAAAACACAGAAAGAGCACACUGGCUAUUUUGAAGAAAAGCAGAUUCUUGACUGGUUUGUCCAGAUUUGUCUGGCCCUGCAGUAUAUUCAUGAUGAGAGGAGGAACAUUCUUCAUAGAGAUAUCAAACCUCAGAAUAUUUUUCUGACUGAAGAUGGCUACAUCAAUCUAGGGGAUUUCGGUUACUCAACAGUGCACAUCAGAAGAGAUUUUUAUGCAAGCGCAGUUACAGGUUCAGAGCUCUAUCACAGCCCAGAAGUUUAUCAGAACAUAUAUUCUUUCAAAAGUGAUAUUUGUUCACUGGGAUGGGUGCUCUAUGAUCUCUGCAUGCUGGAUGUGUGGUCAGAUAUUAAAAAACGCCGCUUUCAACUAGCCUCCCAUGAUGUAGGAUUCCCCCUUCAAUUCUCAGAUGUGUGUUCACAGGAUUUACAGGAAUUAAUCAAAGAAAUGCUCAGCUGUGACCCUUUAACCAGACCUUCAGCUGAUGAGAUUUUAGCAAAGCCAUUCCUAAAAGAUGCUGUAGACAGAAGCAAGAGAUUUCCAGAAGCACUGGAACGAAGGUUCAUGAUGUCCUUAAAUAUCUUUGAUGAGACCUACAAUGAGCACUAUGAUAAAUUUAAGGCCUUAGUUACAGAGUGGGGAAAAACAACAAAUUCACUAGAGGAGGUUCAUCAUAAAUGCACAGCAGGGGCUCUGUCAGGUUCAGUGUUUGGUGCAGCAGGAGGAAUCACUGCAGUGGUAGGUGCGAUUUUGGCACCUUUUACUCUUGGAGCAUCUCUGGUUGUUACAGGUGUUGGUGUUGGAGUUGGUGUUGCAGGUGGUGUAGCAGGUGCUGCUUCCAGCAUUACCAAUCUAGUCAAACAAAAAUCACUCCGUGAGAACAUUGGAAGAAUUAAGCAGAACUUUUUAGAAGUGACACCGAUUCUCGAUUCACUGAAUGCAGUGAGAAGGGUACUGAGAGUAAUACAAAAAUUCAAGGAUUUUGUCAGUGACUCUUCUGACAAUGUGCAAAUGUCAUGCAGUGUAGAGAAAAGAACAGUAGUGUGCGCCACAGAACUCAUGCAUCUAGGUCUGCUGGCAAAUGUUGGCAGGAUUGCUGCUCAAACCGCCAGAGCAGGACGAGCUGCAGCAGCAGUAGCUGCUGCAGUCACAGGAGUUUUGAGUGGAAUCCUAGUCAUUGUUGACACCGUCUUCAUAGUGACUGACUCCAUAGACAUUCACCAGAUGAGACAGGGAAAAGUAGAUGAUCCAAAAAAGGUCAAGUCAAGCUUACUCAAGUCCAUUGCUGAAAUGAGGAAAACACAUACAGAUCUUUGCAAUGUCUUAAAGGAAAUUAAAGAAACAAAAGUGGACCUAAACGACUAUAUAGAACUGGCCAGGGCUGAAAGAGAAUUAUACAGAGAUUUAGAACGUUUAAACAUAUAAAUAUGAUACCAGUCAGAGACUUGUGCAACAUCCUAGAUUUGUCUGGGAGCUUGAGUGAAGAAAAGGGUUUUGCUGAAAAUGGUUUAAAUGGUUAUGUUGUACUGAGUCAAACAAUAGAAGAUGUGUGACGUAUUUGGUCAAACUUUUGCAAUCAUUCUAUAUUGUAAAUAUCAGCUAAUAUAUAUAUAUAUAUAUAUAUAUAUAUAUAUAUAUAUAUAUAUAUCAAAGGUUUUAAAUAUACAAAGAUGGCACACUCUGGUGGAAUAGUACCACCUUCUAAAUAAAAGAGUCAAUCAGUAAUUGGUAACGUUAUUGCAUCACUGCAGCUGAGGGUGCAAAGAGGUGUUUCAAAGAUGGCCACUGAGUAAAAUGGCUUGCCUUAUGUAGGAUUGACAUUGAACCUAGUGGUUGAACUAGGUAUUGCAGUCCAAAUUCAAAAUAUUGGAGACAUUUUUUCACCCGGCCCCUCCUUCUCAGACUUGACGCACACGCAGGUUGCCAGAUUAACGACACCAACAGGAAGGAGCGCACAUGCCAAUGAAUGAAAUUAAAUAUGCUGUGUUUUCCGCCAACUGGCAACCCGGGGUGCCGAAAUACAAUUGGGUAAACUGGCAGUGGGCGGGUUUCACAAACCAUAACAAACACAGACAUUCCUGGCCGGAAUACACAUUUUCAAAGGAGAAUAACUGACUGUAGAAUUGUUUUUCAGAUAAACAAGUAUGUUAAUUUAGCAUGUUUCUUAAAUAUCUGCAAACAUAUUAUGCUAUUUUUAUGCCUUAGUAGAGUCAAAAUCCUACAUACAGCACCUUUAACUUUGCUAUUAAACAUAAGACAUUGGGACUCAUUCAUUAAUAAUUGUGUGGA